UCAGACCUUGCUGUCCACUUCCUUCUUAGUUUUAAAAUUCUAGGAGAAGAAUCAAGUCAGUAUUCGGAUAAUAGAGAAACUUUGAAGCAGUGAUUAAUAAAUAGUGCGUAAUCUAGCAAAAAGUGCAGUUAUGUUUAGAAUUUCAUAAAUUCCUACACUCUAAAUAAUUGAGAGAUUUCGAAUGGACCCACGUGCAGGGAGUGGAUUUUCAUGCUCUACGUGCUUAAAAACGCUCACCAGUAAGGCUGGUUUAAAGUAUCACAUGUUCACCCAUGACGUCAAUGCGAAGGUCAAAUGCAAGAUCUGCGGGAAAGUUUCGAAAAAUCCUCUGGCUUUAUCCGUCCACAUAAGAAUGCUUCACACCAGCCGAGACCGACCCAGUUACGACAUUUGUCACCGUGUAUUUUACACAUCUACAGAUUUACGAAGACACAUUGGUGCCGUUCACAGCACGAUCGAACGGCCUCGGUUUCAGUGCGGGUUUCCUGACUGUGAUAAAUCUUACCCAGUGAAAGACGAUGUUUCGAAACACACAAAACGUGAGCAUACCGAGAAUCCUACCCGAUUCCCGUGCGCACUUUGCGGAAAAGAAUUUAAAACCAGGCGUGUACUUUUGACGCACAUUACCACCCACACGACGGAGAAGGCCUACAUUUGUUCCGUUUGUGGGAGGAGGUUCCCAGGCGCAGGCAAUUUAAAAAGCCACGAGGUUACACAUUUGGAAAAAUCUACCCGAAGAAUUUUCAAGUGUGAACGUUGUCCCCAGAUGUGCUCACGUAGGUCCGACUUGCAAAAGCAUGUCAAAGUUGUGCAUGAAAAUCAGAGGAAUCAUUCGUGCACAUUUUGUGACAAAACGUGUUCAACAUCAGGCAACUUGAGGCGUCACGUGGAGGCGAGACAUUCCGCUAAUCGGGAUAAGAUUCACUCGUGCGAUAAAUGUGACUACGUUACCCACUCGAAAGUUUAUUUGGCUCAACACGUGAGGCGCCACAAUCCUGCGAAUCGACCAGAGUGCUACUUCUGCAGGAAGAAGUUUUGUAACUUUUCGAGAUUGGUAACACACUGCCGUCGUCAUACUCUUGAAUGACUGUAAUUUAGGAAAUUUCUCGUGUUUUUUUCUACGUACAUAUAUGUAUAUCCUUAUACGCCGACGAGACACAGAUAAAUAUAUGUACAUAUCUUCAUUAUUGCACCCGAUUAGAACUUCGAUGACGAAAUGAAUCGACACAUAAUAGGUAUUCCCAAAUAGUUAGCCGUAAUAUUUGAAUAAACAUCUUAAAUUUGAUAAAAGUUAAAAGCCUCAGAAACAAUGUUAUUUUCCUAUGCGUUUCCUGUGCUUUUGGAGUGCUUCGCGACUGUUUUUAGCUACCUUUUUUGAGAUUUUCGGCCUCGUUUGAUAAAAUAGUUCAAAUUUUUGGCUGACGUUUCUAGAUUACAAUAUUAUUUCCUGGAUAAAGGCUAAAAUUGAAAUUUGGGAACGUUAUAUUAAUUGCAUUUUAUCCGUUUUCAGGUGAAGCGAAAUAUUUUUGGUUAGAAUUAUUUACUGGUUCUGCUUGAACGGUUUUUUGUAGCUAGGAGAGUUUUGCUAUGUUCAAAUAAAAUAAAUUUGAUAAUUUCGGCAGUAAAUCGUA